CGCGCCCCCAAGGCCAAGCCUGAUUGUAUUAUUGUAUCGUAUUUGUAAUAAUUAUCACCAUCUUUAACACGAUUCGAUUUGUCACUCGCUCCCAAUUGAAGUUUGGCUACUGCAGAUCGUCACAGCCCUGGAGACCCCCCUUCCUAGGCCAGAGGCAGAUUUACUAUUUUUACGUGCAAGUAAGUCAGAUCAUUAAAGUCUAGACCGAUUACAUACAUGUAAGUCAUGUAGCAGGCUCGGCUGCCAAAAGUCGAUUCAAUUGGGGGGGGGGGGGAGAUCCCAAAUGGUCCAAAGCGGAACACAUUCCGCGUCUUCAGCUAUAUAAAGUGUCGCUCACCCCGACAAAGAAGAUAUUCUUUUCUUUCUUCUUCACAAACGAGUGAUAUAUCUAUUUCUCAUACAUUAUUUCAAAACCAUCUACCAUGGGGCGUUCUUACAGACAACGCCCCGACACAUAUCGUACCGACAGAAUUCACUCGGAUUCUAGUCCACGCUAUACAUGGCCAGAGGAUAAGAAAAAGACCAAAAAAAUGGGAAAAGAAGAGGCAUUGCAAAUAUUCCAACGAGCUCAGCAAUUUGAACGAUCUGUUCGUUCUCGUGCUGUAACCCAUACCCCUACCUGUGAUUUGAGUCGUCCAGGAGAGCAUAAUGACGACACUUGGUUUCAUACAAGUCAACCGGGCCCGGACCAGAUUAUGCCAGACCUUGAAAACAUCACCGAUGAGGUAGAUAACGACAUCUUUGAAGCAUCGCGCAAUAUUCCUAGUGGAGAAGACUCUGAAAACGAUAAUAAAGAGGUGUAUACCGACGUUCUUGAGGGAGUAGACUCUGAAAACGACACUGAGGCAUAUACGGACAUUGUUGAAGGGGAAGACUCUGAAAAUAGGGCCGAAGAAAUACGCGACGGUCUCGGCGAAACAGAGGGUAAUAUUGCCGCUAGCCUCAGAAUUGUCUUUCUUUGUGGCGUGACGUUUUCAACCUCUAGUUUUAAAUCAACACGCGACAGUCCCAGUGGAGUAAACGGUGAUAUCACCAUUGACUACAAAACUAAUGAUACUAGUUGUUUCACCUGUGGGAUUAUUUAUUCAAGCGCUAGCGUUAGGAGUGAACGCUCGCAUUUAACAGCGGGAAUAUCAGAAUACUCUCGAGAGGUCGGGGAAGAAUACUCCUUGGGCAGUACAGAGGGAAUACUUGGCCAAUUGCAGGAUUGAGAACAAGCUGGGAGAGGACACUUUACUCAUAAAUCAACAAGAUGUGGGCUCUUCUCUUCAUAGCGGCAAUCCUCGCAAACGGAGUCGAACUGAAGAAACUGAGGCUGAAGAGUCAAAGUCGAAAAUUAGCCGAUCCAGAUACAGCUUCUACGGAGAAAUUGGCCGCUAAAUACAAGAGGUAGAAUAAACUUAUAUAUGCCAAAAAAAAAAAAUUUAUUUAG